UUUUCAUCCCCGUCUUCCCCUCUUUCUCCGUCUCAAUUCCAUCGAUCAGUUCUUGACAACAAUCAAAGUUCUAGAAAAUUAUGGAUAGUUUCACUUCAUCAAACUCCAUUAAACCUUCUUCGGUUACUGAUACUUCAUUCAAUUAUGCAGGAGGAAACAACGAGAAUGAACUGAACCCAGAAAUGGCUUCAAGGUUAAAGAAACAAUCACCCACCAAGAAUUUCAUGAGUCACACCAUUUGCACAACUAACAAAGCUACUGUUCUUAAAAAGAAAAUCUUGGGUGAAAGGAACGAAACCCUAGAUGUUAAUGAACAACCAAGUCUCCGAAGAUCCUCUAGUUUCGAUUCAAAAUCUGUGAAAUCCCCUGUUGUUGUUGAUCAUGUCCAGAAGCCUUAUGACCCUGUUAACAAUUACCUUUCACCGAGGCCUAAGUUCUUACGUUAUAACCCUAAUCGACGUAGGAUGGUAUCUGUUCUUCAUGGAAACGAAGAAAGUGUCAGAAGUAGUAAUUCUUUUGAAGCUCCUGGAAUGGAAUUAGGGGCAGAUUCGUAUGGGUUUGUUGAUUCUUGUUCUCAAAAAGAAGAACAAACCCUAGAUUUGAUUAACAACGAAGGUGAAUGUGAAGAAGAAGAAGAAGAAGAAGAAGAGAUUGAGUUUGGGGAUGAUGAGAGAUUCUGGAAUUUGAAAGGCUUUUUGAAGUUUAUCGCUGUUGUGAUUGCUGUAAUCUAUACUACCCAAGCUAUAUGUUCAAUGGAUUCUCCAACCCCUUUUCAUACAGUAGAAACUUGGAGUAAUGUUUAUGGAGUUGCAGGUUUAAACUUUUCUCAAGUUGGAAGUUGUUCGCUAAUGGAAACGGAAUUAGUGGUAGGAAGAUUGAAGGAAGUAGAUAUGGUUGGCGUUCAUGACGAUGAAGAAGAAACCUCUGAUUCGUUGCAAGAAUUAGGAGCUGAUAUUGAUGUAGAAAAUGAUGAAGCAGAUGUCAUUCAUGGUGAAAUGUGGACAGAAGAUGAAGAUCUUGAUGAAAACGACGAAAUUGCAGAAGAAAUGGUGGAGAAUUAUGAUGUAGAGGGUGAAAGAGAAGUUGAAGAUGAUGAUCAGACGUUGGUAGCAGAUUCCGAUGAAAUCGAAGAAAUUGCAGAAGAAGAAAUGGAGGAAAUCAAUGAUGCAGAAAUAGAAACUGAAACUAUCCAAUCGGAAAGUUUUGAUCUAAAUCUUGCAGGUGUAAUCGGGUUUUUCGUGUUAAUUCUCACAUCAUCUUUCGGUGUCAUGUAUUCAAGAUGGAUGAAAUCCUCACCUCCGGUAACACCAACUGUCGCCGGAGCAAAUCACGACGCUGAAACGGAAGAAAUUAGGGUUCUUGAACAAGAAAUUGGGGUUCAUGAAGAAGAAGAAGCACCAUUGAUGAAAUCUACAUCUUUACAGAAAGAUGUUUCUGAAGAACAUAGUCACAUUCAUCCACCAUCUGUCGAGUUGCUAGGCGAGUUUGUGUUCGGAGAAAGCAAUUCUUUGAUCCAAUCAACCAUUUUUUCCGGCGAAACAAAAGCCUCUCACAUCGAGAACUCAACCGGAGAUCCUGUUGAGUUUAACCAGAAGACAAUCAAGAAACAGAGGCGCAAAAUAGAACCGACCACCAUGGUUACACCAUCUCCGAUGAGAAGAUCAAGCAGAUUACAAAAUCGGUCCAUCAAAUCUCCAUGAAAACAUCAAUCUCUGCUGUUUUUGUGUAAUAACUUCGA